GGAUAUGCUUCGCAGUACCUCUCAGUCUCAUAGCAGCAGCAGCAGCAGAGGCAGCACUUAAAGCACUAGCAGCAGCAGCAGCAGCCGAGAGGACGACACACUCUGCAGUCAAGAUGAGUGCUGGGGAUGUGGUCUGCUACGGCUGGCUCAUUAAAUCCCCCCCAGAGAAGAAACUAAAGAGAUUUGCCUGGAGAAAACGCUGGUUCGUGCUCCGAAGAGGUCGAAUGAGCGGUAAUCCAGACGUACUGGAGUACUAUCAGAGUAAGAACUCCAAAAAGCCUAUCCGCAUCAUUGACCUCAAAGAGUGCGAGGUGGAAAUGCUGAAUGGGCAACUCAGGAUAAAACGAGACUUUCACUGGAAGCACCUCUUUGUGGUGAAGACCUUGUCUCGUAUCUUCUACCUGGUGGCCAAAACAGAGGAGGAGAUGAACAGCUGGAUUAGCAGCAUCAGCCAGAUCUGCCAGUUCGCGAGCCUGGAGGAUGCAGAGAGCUCAGAAGAAGGCUUCCCUCACACCCCCACUCCCCUCCAGCCGUCCCCUGACAGCUCCGACAGAGUGUCUGUAUCCAGCCAGCUUGAUUCCAGUUAUCCACUGGACUACCUAUUCCUCUCUCAGUGUGAGACGGGGAGUUUGAGCACUAGUCGACUUGACAGUUUCUCAAACUCUGAGAGCUCCCUGGAGCAGAAGUCAUCGGAUGACGCGGUCAAAGACAUUGCCCCUUCUCCUCUGUUCACUGAUUCCACUUCCUCCUGCAUCUCUCACGCUCACAGCCCCACUCCACCCGUCUUCAUCCAUGGAAGAUUGACUAUCCCUCCUUUCAGUGCUCCAUGCACCUCCCUGGCUCUGCCAGCCUCCUCCUCCUCUCCACUUCGCCACUGUGCUACAAGCGUCUUCCAGUUCGACAAACUUUACUCUUCUGCAUCAUUUGAGGCAAUGAGCGACACACAAACACCCCCUCCGCUGCCACCAAAACCCAACCACCUGUCAGAGCAGCUAAGUGAUGAGGGAAUGAACAAGCCGAGGGGGAAGAGCACACAACAUUUCUCAAGUCACAGUGUUCUAUUUCCCCGGAGGACAUCUAUGUCAAGCCUGGACCAUUUAAGAAUAGGUAUGUGCGCGAUAGGAGAGCAGUCUCACAGAGAUGCUGGUAGUAGAUUGAUGCGGAACAGAAGACAGAGUCUUAAUUUGCCGUCUUUAAAUACCAUACGAGUUCAAAACUACGAGGAAGAGUCAUAUAUGCCCAUGGCUUCCCCUUCUCCUUUUUUAACCACCACUGAAUCUGAUGGUUACAUCCCCAUGAGCCCCAGGACAUUCAGCUUCCCCAGUGCAAACAACAACAUCGAGUCCUCCACACCACUGAUGUGUCAACCUGGAGAUCUUGCACCGCCCCCAAUUCACCGGCAUCUGAAGCCUCGUUUGAGGCGAGUUCGACCCCCACCUCUUGACUUAAGAGGCCUCUCUACAAUCACAGAAUGUCCCACUCACCUUCCUCUGAGCAGAGCCAUGACAGAAACAUGCUUUUCAAUGCAGUUGUUACCUCUUGAAAGAAGACUUGAAAAUGGGGACAAUCCUAGGAAUGAAGAAACAGACUGCACUGAAGUGGCGUUGGCAAGAAGAUCAAACCUGGACUAUUUGUCACUGGUUUUCAAUUCAGCAUCCCCCUCUCCUGUGCUGAAGAAGCCCUUUCUGACUGAUGAGCACAGAGUGGAUUACGUGAAGGUGGAUGAGAAGAAGACACAAGCACUGCAAAGCACAAAAAUGGAGUGGACAGAUGUCCGGCAGUCCAAAACAUGACUGGAAAAAAUAUACGAUUAAGAAAAUCCCUCACUUUUGGUUUCAAGAAGAUCAACAGUAACUUAAGCAUUGGAUAUAUGAAGAGGACCAAAAUAAUUUAAAAGCACUUUGAAUGUAUUAACCAAGCACAAGAGCAAAUAAGCAGUUUUAUGCUUGUUUGCUGUGUGAAAACUCAAAAUUGCACUGUAAAAACUUAAUUCACUCUCAGUAGAUUUGACUUAUACUGUAAAUAAUACCAGACUGCACUGUAUUAAAAUUAUUUUUACUGUAGCAUUAAGUUUUACCAAAUUUUGAAAAGGGCAUAUUGUUGCUGCUCUGUCUGUGUGACUUGCUUUAAAUGUAUGUUCAGUGUUUGUGGCUGUAAAGAAGAACGUUUUUAGUGUUUCCCCCUCACUAUAUGUCAUUAAUAAUUCAGCUCUCUCUUUUUCCUUCUCCUGAAAUGAACUGCUUAUAGAAAGGCUUGUUUGUGACUACUCUUUUUCUGACUUCAGCUACAAUUUCAUUCACAACUCAAAUUUAAAAAAAAAGUAAACUACCACUAUCAGUAUUCAUGAAUCAAGAUUAAAAUGACAUUCACAUAAUUUCCAUUUUUAAACAGAACUGAUUAUCCACCCCUUUUUUCCCCAAAUGUUUUAUUUAUUGUAUUUUUGUUAUUUAUUUUAUAUUUUAUGUGUAUUGUCUCAUUUACACGUCCUGCUGGCAAUGAUUCGUGUUUAUGCUCCAACAGUUAUGAAUAAAGUUUAUAUUUCAAAAUA